CACCAGCUCUGCCACUUCUGCGCACACGACUCAGCCAGUCCGCACACCGAAUACGCUGCUUACGACGUGCAGCACUCCCGACUGCAGCUCGACACCCCUUUCGAGCCACACGAACCGCCGCAUCCCUCGCAGCGCCCGCCUUCUUUACCCCGCGGACACCACUCGCCGUCAACUUUUUCCAACGCACCUUCACAAUGUCCAGCUCCACCCUCGACGAGAGCUUGGCCACCUACCUCACGACCCACGCCCCGAACAACGCGGCCGACGAGACAGACGCUGUCAAGGCCUCCCAGGCCCUCUUCCCCGAGGCCAACUACUCCGACGCCGAGAAGCAGGAGAUCAGCCAAUGGCUCGCCUCUGCCUCGCACAUUGCCUCGUCGUCCGAUGAUGCCGCCAAGUCCUCGGAGCGUCUGUCGUCGCUGAACACACACCUCGCCAGCCGGACCACCGUCCUCGGCGCAAAGCCCUCCGUAGCAGACAUCGCCCUCUACCAGAAGCUCGCCCCUGUGGUCUCGAAGUGGACUGCUGAGGAGAGGACUGGCGAGCAGGGCUACCACCACAUCGUCCGCCAUGUCGACUUCGUCCAGAACUCGCCCAUCUUCGGCCUGAAGCUGGACGACAAGGUCAACGUCGAGCUGGACAACGUCAUCUUCAAGAUCAAGCCCGUCGACGCCAAGGCCGAGAAGGAGCGCAAGAAGAAGGAGAAGGAGGCCGCUGCUGCCGCCGCCGCUGCUGCCGGCAACGGCGCUACGCCCACAACCCUGACCGGCGAGCAGGGCGCCGAGGGCAAGAAGAGCAAGAAGGAGAAGGCCAAGGACCUCGCACAAGCAGCCGGAGACGCCGUCGCAGGCACAGUCGCCGGCAAGCCCACAAACCCCACAACCCCUACAGAAGGCAAGAAGGGCGCACCUGAGGGUGCACCAACCCAGAAGAAAGAGAAGAAGAAGAAGGAGCCCAAGCCCCAGAAGCCAGCACCAGUCGAGAAACCCCUCUCCCCCGCCCUCAUCGACCUGCGCGUCGGCCACAUCCUCAAAGCCGAAACGCACCCCAACGCCGACUCUCUGUUUGUAUCAACCAUCGCCUGCGGCGACGCUCCCGGCACCGAAAACACCUCCGAGUACGAAGGCCAGAUCGUGCGCACGGUGUGCAGCGGUCUCAACGGCCUGAUCCCGCUCGCCGAGAUGCAGAACCGCAAGAUCGUCGCGGUCUGCAAUCUCAAGCCCGUCACUAUGCGCGGCGUCAAGAGCUGCGCCAUGGUGCUCGCCGCCAGCCCGCGGGUCAAGGAGGGUGAGGAUGCGCACAAGGGCCCGGUGGAGUUGGUCGAUCCACCCAAGGAGAGUAAGGCGGGUGAUAGGGUGUUUUUUGAGGGGUGGGAGGGCGAGCCGGAGGGCGUGCUGAAUCCGAAGAAGAAGGUUUGGGAGACUAUUCAGCCAGGCUUUACGACCACAGAUGGUCUUGAAGUUGGGUUCAAUGUCGAGGAGGUGCCGCAGUUGAGCGGUGAGGGCGCAGAGAAGAAGACGGGUGUUGCGAAGCUCAAGACGGCGGCGGGAUUGUGCAGUGUCCCGACACUCAAGGACGCUGUUGUGCGAUAAAGGAUAUGGCUCGAGAGUGUGGGUGAGGACCGAAGACAGAUCGUAGACACAAAAGCGGACCGAAGCACUGUGGGACAGACGCAUUCGCCGCGCGGCAAUGGAGUAUAGUCAAGACACCUAUCGUCAAUGUUUGCCAAGAUCAUUCAAUCGGGGCAUUAGUCUGGACUGUCAUCACGACCAAAGACCAGUGUAUCAAGACGUGAUGAUGUCAAUGGUUUUGAUAAGUCU